AUGUUGCGCCGUCUUGUGUUUGCACUGGCGCUGCUCGCCGGCGCCGCCGAGGCCUUCGUCGCGCCGCGCGCGUCCAGCAGCGCGCGCGCGCUUCACGCCGAGGAUCCCACGAAGGUGUGGUACGCGGAGAUCGCGAACACGGUUCAAAACCUCCUGACCAACAGCCCGCUCAACGAGGGCAAGAAGGCCGUCGUCAAGAUGCUCGCGGGCCCCUACGACGAGGUCGCGGUGCGCGCGAAGCUCGACGGCCUCAUCGCCGGCGAGCCCGUGCUCAUGCUGUCCUUCGUGCGAUGACCCUUCUGCGUCAAGGCGAAGCAGCUCCUCGACGCGAAGGGCGCGAAAUAUACGGUCGUCGAGCUUGAUGAGGUGUCGGACGGCCCGGCGCUGCGCGCCGAGCUCGGCGGCCUCGUCGGCCGCACGUCCGUGCCGGCGAUCUGGAUCCAGUCCGACUUCGUCGGCGGCUGCAACGACGGCCCGGGCAUCAUCACGCUCGACAAGCAGGGCGAGCUCGACGCGCGGCUCAAGGCCGCGGGCGCGCUC